AUGUUUCACAAUAAUAGUAUUCAUCUUAUCGGACACAACAGUAAGAAAAUUAUUCGUUUAUAUCAUAAUUAUUCUCCAUCGGUGAUUACAACAACAACAACAUCUACUACUACUACUACUACUACUACUACUACUACUACUACUACUACUACUACUACUACUACUACUACUACUACUACUACUACUACUACUACUACUACUUCUACUACCAUUCUGACUUCUAAUUGUCACAAUCUUCCGGGUUACGAGACCCACCACUCGAUCGAAUGCAGACAGAGUGAGGAAAAAUUAUAUUUGGCCAAACCAAAUCAUAUGAUAGUGUUGUCAGUGGACAUACUUGUAAUCGAAGUGAAAAUCCAGUUACAAAAGCCAAAAUAUUUUGGUCUUCUUAUCAACACCUCAUUCCCUACAUGGAAAAAAACAAUAAGAGAUUAA